UGCGUUGCCAUGGCUGUGGCGUAGGCCGGCAGCUGUAGCUCCAAUUUGACCCCUAGCUGAGAACUUCCAUAAGCCAAAGGUGAGCACCCCCCCCCCAAAAAAAAGGAUUAAGGGGAUGGCUAAAGGAUUCAUCUGAGAAAUAUUGCAGGAACGCCAUCCACAAACCUUACGUCAGUAGAAUAAGAAGUGUCGAGAAAGCAGCUGCUAAAAGAGAUUUGGGCUUUUUUCAAAUGAUCCGUAUUGGGCAUUGGGUCUGAUGAGGUCUCCCUCUGGGCAAGACUGAGAUUCUUUGAAAGCAGGUCCUUCUAGGUUCUUCCCUCUGCAUCCUUUCACAUCCCUUGUAUCCUUGUAGGUAACAGGGCCGUAGUGCGUAUCGACUUGAAUUAAGAUUUCUGUGGCUCUUGAGUGACAGAUGAACAAAUGUGCUCCAUCCGGGUAUACAUUCUGCCUUCUUCCAACAGCAGUCGAAAAGGACUGUGGUAAAUGCCGAUGAUUGUGUCAGAUGCCCAGGUUUGGUACCGGUUUGGGAAGUGGUCUGCGGUGCUUUGAUCUUCCCUUGGAGAAGGAGAUGCUCAUGUGGAUAGUGAGAACUCGGUUCCCUACCUUCAGUUUCGGUUUGACCUCCUCGCUUUCCUGAGUCACGGUGUUCGAUCAGCAGCGACAGACAUGUCGCAGAAGCCUGAGACUGUCCCUUGGGCUGUUUAUGACACUGUCUCUGAAUUUCCCAUGGCACGAGCAGCCCGCAUUUGUCGUAAAACUUUAAGAACUCGCUAAAAGUUUAGUUGGUUUGCAGUUGACAUUGAGAUUAACUUUCUCUAACCUAAACCAGUGAAAACUAAAACACUCCUCACCACAUAAAAGUUUUGCUUUCGCUGUGUUCAGACCCCUCCCACCCUGUCACAGCACAGUCAUUUGGAGUCUAGCGUGGGGCGGUGUGGUUGUAUCUUAGUGGUGGAUGACCCACUUUUUCGUAACACUUAAUUACCCGUGUUUUUACAACACUAGUCAGAGAUUCUGACGAGAGUGGCCUCUAACCUCCCAAAGAUUCUCUGAUCCAGCUCAUCGGCGCUGCUCUGGGAAGAAGGUGUGAGCUCUGCAGGGCGUGUAUCUACCAGGGAUGGCAGCAUUUCCUCUGGUUUCUGGAUAAUGAGCAGGCGCACAGGUGAUUGUGUCUCAACAUCAGCUGCUCCGCUUGGCAGCGAGAGCGUGUGUGAGUUCAUGCUUGGGUGUGAACGGCAUGUCUGUGGAUGAGAAGCCUGACUCCCCCAUGUAUGUGUAUGAAUCCACAGUCCACUGCACCAACAUCCUCCUGGGCCUCAAUGACCAGCGCAAAAAGGAUAUUCUCUGUGACGUGACUCUGAUCGUGGAGAGGAAGGAGUUUCGGGCCCACCGGGCUGUGCUGGCCGCGUGCAGUGAAUACUUCUGGCAGGCGCUGGUUGGACAGACGAAACAUGACUUGGUGGUCAGCUUGCCUGAGGAGGUCACGGCCAGGGGCUUUGGGCCGCUGUUGCAGUUUGCCUACACCGCCAAGCUGUUACUCAGCAGAGAAAACAUCCGUGAGGUCCUCCGCUGCGCCGAGCUCCUGCGCAUGCACAACCUGGAGGACUCCUGCUUCAGCUUCCUGCAGACACAGCUCCUGAACAGCGAGGAUGGGCUAUUUGUGUGCCGGAAGGACACCGCGUGCCAGCGCGCGCACGAGGACCGGGAGAACAGCGCCGGAGAGGAGGAGGAGGAAGAGGAGGAGACGAUGGAUUCCGAGACGGCCAAGAUGGCUUGCCCCCGGGACCAGAUGCUUCCAGACCCCAUCAGCUUUGAGGCCACUGCCAUCCCAGUAGCAGAAAAGGAAGAAGUUUUGCUGCCCGAGUCUGACGUGCCCGCGGACACCAAGGAGAGCUCGGCAAAGGACUCGUUAACGCAGUACCCCAGAUACAAGAAAUACCAGCUUGCAUGUACCAAGAAUGUCUAUAACGCAUCAUCACACAGUACCUCAGGUUUUGCAAGCACAUUCGGUGAAGAUAACUCCGGCAACAGCCUCAAGCCGGGGCUUGCCAUGGGGCAGAUUAAAAGCGAGCCGCCCAGCGAGGAGAACGAAGAGGAGAGCAUCACGCUCUGCCUGUCCGGAGAUGAGCCUGACAUCAAAGACAGGGCGGGGGACGUGGAAAUGGACCGGAAACAGCCCAGCCCCGCCCCUGCUCCCGCGCCCACCCCCGCCCCCGCUGCCGGGGCCGCCUGCCUGGAAAGGUCCAGGGGCGCGUCCUCCCCUUCCUGCUUAAGGUCUCUGUUCAUAGCAAAAAGUGUGGAGUUGUCCGGCCCGCCGGGUACCUCUCAGCAGCACUUUGCCAGGAGUUCAGCGUGCCCUUUUGACAAGGGGAUCACUCAGGGUGACCUUAAAACUGACUACGCCCCUUUCACGGGCAAUUACGGACAGCCCCACAUGGGCCAGAAGGACGCGUCCAGCUUCGCAAUGGGGUCGCCCCUCAAGGGGCCUGGGUUGGAGGCUCUCUGUAAACAGGAAGGAGAGCUGGACCGGAGAAGUGUGAUCUUCUCUUCCAGCGCCUGUGACCAAGUGAGCACUGCGGUGCACUCGUAUUCUGGGGUGAGCGCUUUGGACAAAGACCUCUCUGAGCCGGUGCCAAAGGGUCUGUGGGUAGGGGCCGGCCAGUCCCUCCCCACCUCUCAGACCUACUCUCACGGUGGGCUGAUGGCUGACCACUUGCCAGGAAGGAUGCGGCCCAACACUAGCUGCCCGGUGCCAAUCAAAGUCUGCCCUCGCUCGCCCCCGCUGGAGACCAGGACCAGGACUUCCAGCUCAUGCUCCUCGUAUUCCUACGCGGAGGACGGCAGCGGGGGCUCGCCCUGCAGCCUCCCUCUCUGUGAGUUCUCCUCCUCACCCUGUUCCCAGGGAGCCAGAUUCCUUGCCACAGAACAUCAGGAACCAGGCCUGAUGGGAGAUGGAAUGUACAACCAAGUCCGACCCCAGAUUAAAUGUGAGCAGUCUUACGGCACCAACUCCAGCGACGAAUCCGGAUCGUUCUCGGAAGCAGACAGUGAGUCGUGUCCUGUGCAGGACAGGGGCCAGGAGGUCAAACUUCCGUUUCCUGUAGAUCAAAUCACAGACCUUCCAAGGAACGAUUUCCAGAUGAUGAUUAAGAUGCACAAGCUAACCUCAGAGCAGUUAGAGUUCAUUCACGACGUCCGCAGGCGCAGCAAGAACCGCAUCGCAGCCCAGCGCUGCCGCAAGAGGAAGCUGGACUGUAUUCAGAACUUAGAAUGUGAAAUCCGCAAACUGGUGUGUGAGAAAGAGAAGCUGUUGUCCGAGAGGAAUCAGCUGAAAGCGUGCAUGGGGGAGCUGUUGGACAACUUCUCCUGCCUUUCCCAGGAAGUCUGCCGAGAUAUCCAGAGCCCCGAGCAGAUCCAGGCCCUGCAUCGGUACUGCCCUGUCCUCAGACCCGUGGGUCUCCCCGCAGCCUCCAGUAUUAACCCCACGCCCUUGGGUGUGGAGCAGAACCUUGCCACUCCGCAGUGUGCGGUGGGGGAGAGCGCCCCCUGCUGCUUGGAGCAGGGCACAGCACCCCCCGGACCCCCCUGGGCAGCCGGCAACGUCUCAGAGAACUGUACUGCGCGGAGGCUGGAAGGCACCGACCCAGGAACCUUCUCAGAAAGAGGACCCCCUCUGGAACCCAGGAGCCAAACGGUGACCGUGGACUUCUGCCAGGAAAUGACUGAUAAAUGUACAACGGAUGAACAGCCCAGGAAAGAUUACACCUAGUGACGGCCUGCCUCCCUGUUCUCGCCCCUCUCCCACCCAGGUGUCCUUUGGUCAGCCUGUGGUGCUGUUCGUCUGUCCUCUGGAAGAACCGAGAAGGAAUUUGGUGCACACUACAGCCGUCUUAGCAGCAAUACUGUUUCUAAGUUGUCUCUCCUCCCUUCAAGCAGGAGCGAUGUAUAGUUACCUUCACAAUGGUGCUACCCCUUGCUCAGGCAAGGCUAGACGACAGUGAUAUAACACUGUCUGUGGGUUCAUUUCAGUCUUAACAGGGAUAGACUCUAACACCUCUAGGACCCAACCACGGAUUUUUUUUCUCAGUGGCCCAUGUCACAAACCCUAUCUCAGGAAUUUCUUCUGAAUGUUCAAUUUUUUUCAUUGAAGACAGCUUCUAUACACAUCAAAGUUUUAUAGCUAGACUGUACAUAUUAUAUAUAAUAUAUAUAUAAAAUAUAUAUCUCUCUCCAUAUGCAAAAGUCCUGCAUGCCUCACUUUUCUCAUCCUAAAACUGGAAACUUUGUUUCUCGUUUAUAAACAGGUUCCAACAUUCCUCUUCUUUUGUCUCUGAUGCUAGAACAAGCUUGGUAACUGUUAACCUGGUCGUUUUUCUCUCUUCACCAUUCACUUUCCAUUUGUGCUUAUUUAUGGACAGAACUCAAUGUUGGAAGCUUUCUUUGAGGUUUUCUUUCAGACCUUUUUUUUAUUAUUAUUAUUUGGUUUGGUUUGGGCACUGUCAGGUGGUGACAGUUGAGUAUCGUGGGUUUGGUUUUUUUCUUGCAGAUACUGUACAGUCAAGGUCAACUUUGCCACUUGCACUGAGUUUUGGGUCAAACCUAUUUUCUUCAAUGAAGUUGUCACUUCAGUAUAACUCAAGUAUACUGUAUAUUCUUUGCUUUUAGUUAAAAAGUAAAACAGUUUAGCUAAUUAAAAAGCACUCAGGUGAUAAUUAUGUAGGAAAAACAAUCUUGCCAAAUAAUGAAUUCAUCCUAGGAUGUAGACAAUAAUCUGCUUGAAUAUUUUUAUAUUUCACCUCCUCCCCACCUUGCCCUAAGCAAAGUUUAAAUGCAGAGAGUUCAAAGUUGAUGCUGGAUGUUCAGAUUCCUAAGUGGGGAAAGAGUUUGGACGUCUCACUCGAAAGUGCAUCAAAACAGCAGGAAUUGUGAUUUUACACCAGAACUCGGCAGGCAUUGGCUCCUAGAUAUCAAGUUAGAACUGUUUUCUCAGCCAGGGAGUAAGUCCCUUUCAUUUCAACACUUCCCCAGGCCUCUGCUUGCUCUUGGAAGUGCAGGACAGUAGAAACUUCUCCUUCAAAGGACUUGGCUGACCAGCCACCCAACUUCAGAGCCCAGGACCUGCCUCCCGGACUCAUGGGAGGGGGUUUGAGUCACAGCCCUGGGGGUCCUGCAUGUUAAGUGGCAAUCCUGGGGUUAAUGCAUCUGGCCCAGAGUAGGAGAGAGCAGGACAGACGCUAGAGGCACUAGACAGAUGUGCAUUAGUCUGAGGUCUGUCCCUGAUGCAGGCAAAAGCAUUUCUUUCUCCCUCCCUUCUCCAGAUGCUUCAAGUUGAAUUCUGAGGUUUUCUCACCGGUUUCUUGUCUGAGGGCAGAUUUCAUUCUGAGGCUUUGGACUUGAUGAGGCCAGGAACCCUCCCUGCCCCCACCCUCACCACGCACACACCUACCCUCACCUGAUAACAGUUUCCUUCCCUUGCUGCAAAACUGAUUGGCUUGCAACCCACAGAGACUCUCCCUUGGCUCAGGGGGCUUGUUGGCCCCGGGCCACGUUUACAGGCAGGCACACGCCCGCCCCUGCAGCCUGCAGAGGAAGGAUCAGCUCCCUCCCUCCUGGAACCCUCCAGCCUGGCUGUGGGUAAGAGUCUGGUUUGAUGUGGGAAUGGGGUGGUGGGCAGUGGGGACUAGAUGGUUGAUUUUGUUUCUUUAUUUGUGCCAUUGUUUUGGACGAUAUUAAAGCUGCAUGUAAAAGGGGAAAUUAGUAUAUGAUGUAGGAGAAAAGUGAAAUCAUAGUAACGUAUGUUUUAGUAUUAACUUUUUUCUGUACAAAUAUUAGUGCUAAAUGUUUAAAUAUGUAUGAAUGCCAGAAAUGUGUUGGUUCAUGCGGUAGGGUAAAAAGAAAAAAAAGAGACUUUUCUUUGAAAAUAGUUCCGCUUUUAAAAUCUGCCUCUGGGUUUUUGUUUUUUCUCGUGUGUGUGUGUGUGUGUGUGUGUGUGUGUGUGUGUGUGUGUGUGUGCACGCGUGUGCUUGUCUGAGAGGUUUUGCUACAGCUCUGUGUUGAAAGUACCAUUUUUGUUGUGGCUGUUGGAAUUUCUUGGCCUCAGAGAACAGUUCUGUUCUUCACCAUGAGGUUUGCCUUUGGGGAGAAUUGGUGAAUCACGUGAUCCAUCACAGGUGUGUGUUCUGGUGGAGUCAGCCAACAGUAUGUUUUUUUAACUCUCUUGUUGCCUUUUUAAAGUGACCUCCUCUUCUUUUCAAAAAGGAAUGUCUCCUCCUGUCUCAUAAGUAGGUCCAAACCAGCUCGUUGGCAUGAUUUACCCUGGUACCAACUCAUGUGCAACUGGUAGUCUUGACCACAUUCUGUCCCUGUCACCUUUCUGUUGUCCUGCCAGCCGGCUGCCGAGUGGGAAGGGGUCUCUGCUUCUCUCCUCCCUGACUCGGUCCUCUACCCACCAAGCCAACCCCUACCUCUCCUUUCUUCCUCUUCCCCGACCAAACUCCUGCCACUCCUACCUCCCCACUGGAGAAUCUGUCUUUUGAUUUCUUAGAGAUUUUAACAUUGUUGGGGUUUGGUUCAGUAUCCACCAGGAACAGUGACUGGCUUUGUGCAAUUGUUGGCGUGACAUGUCUGUGUGCUUCCAGGUUGAUUCAAAGGGAGGACUAGCUGGGAACCAGAAUCCAAGUGGCCUCCAGUGGAGUUUUAAAAACCAGCCUAUCUCCUUUCCCUGGGACCCCUUAGUGCAACCCGUGUAUUUUAUGAAAGAGAAAAGCAAGUUAACAGCAAGGGGUGGCAUCUGCACAGUGUGGCAACAUUUAGUUGUAUCUUUAAGGGUCCAUCCUUACAGAUAGAAAUGACUCUUCAGCCACAGAAUGUUCAGGAGGUUUCCCUGUGACAGGUGGGUAGGGUCUCCAAGUGGCUGGGGCAGGCGUGGGCUAUUGGAGUGAGGACAGUGGCGGUGGCCCUGUGGCUAGUUAAUAUCAGCCUGAAACUAGACUUCCCCUUGGAUCUGCCUUUCUUCUACUUGUGUCUCCAGACAACCUUGCUUCAUUCAGGUUGGUCAGGCUUGGGCAGGUGUGUGCUUUGCUAUAUGUGUCUGUCUCUCUGCGUUAUCUGGGGGUGCCUUGAAUAAAAGAACUUCGCUUCGCGACAUACUGAUUCUGGAACAAAAGCACUGCAAAAAACAAAAAAAGAGCUGGCAAAGUUACUAGGCCACCUUUUCCUUCUUUUCUGGGUUCCCUAACCAUGACUCAGGCGUCAGAGGUGAUGCUGCAGUAGGAAACGUUAUUUUGUAUAGUGUGCAAGUAAGUUAUUAACUGUCUUUCUAAAGGUAUGCUGCUUUUAAGAUGCACUAUGAUUUUGGAUUUAAUCCUUGUGUCGCUUUCCCAAGGAAGUAAAAUUUAAAAAAAAAAAAAAAAAAGAGGCUGGUGAUUAUUAUGCCAAUUGCCAUUUCUCCUUGAAAAGGAGGGCAGGGACCAGUGACAGACUUGCAUGAGGGGACUGCUAAAAGCCAAGUAGGCACACUGUAGAGUCCAGUGCUAAUGUCCAGAGGUCUAAGCCUACACUUUCUUUUAAUGCUUUAUCAGUGCCAGUAAAGAAGAAGGAACAAAGGUGUGAAAAUGAUGCACCUUUGAAGAAACCACCAAGUCCUGCCCCUGCAAGCCGAUCCAUGUGCUAUGUUGUUGAAUAAUCCUCUCAAAAUGAGAAAAAGCCGGCAGAUCUCUUUCAAAUUGUUAGCUACCUAGUUCUCUACACUCUAGCCCAUUUCAACUAGGAGCUGCUUAAUAAAUGACUUCAAACUGCUCCAUUAGUGCUUUUACAGUUGUUGGAGGAGUUGCUGAUUGAGAAGGGAGCAAGAAUCAAGUUCUCUCCUCAAUUCUCUAUAAACAGGCUAGGAAACCUAAUUUCUUUAUAAAGGCUAAAACUGAUCCACUGGAUCAAGUUAGUCUUUCUUCCCCCAAAUUGAGGAUUGUUUCAUAGGUUCAGUUUCUGGGGAGCCAGUCCACAGUGCAAUGCCUGUGUGGAGUUGGUAUUUGUGCAGGCAGCCUGUGUGCUUGGAGGCACUCUGUGUUCAAGCUGUGUGUGUUGAAUACUGCCCGAGCCAUCUCCUGACCCAAGCAUCAAAAGACUGAUGCUGUAGAAUAGAAUACAUUUGUACACAAAUAGUGUGUGCAAACAGUCUUUGUACAUAGAAAAGACCUAUUGUGGCAGAUGGAGGAUAAAUUAUUCAACUGACGGUGCAAAAACAUUUCUUGCAAAGAAAAGUUAAGUGUAUAGUAUUUUCCUACACUCCAUCCUGGGAGAUAAUAUUUAUAUCAAAUGAAUAUCAGUGCAUUUUCAUUGUACUAUGAAAAAGAUGCCGCCCUCUUGUGAAGAAAACCCACUUGGUUGCAGAGCCCACUUUUGUAGCUUUGAUUUCCUGUCGUGACGUGGUGUGUGCGUUUCACUCUCAAGCGAUGGACAAACAGCUCUGACUUUCCAUUCCAGUGGAUUGACCUCAGAUAACACAGUGGCCUCUUUAGACGCAGAAGUGCACCCAGAGCAUUCAUUUCAGGUGGACUCACCUGCGGUGUCAAAUGCUCCCCUGGGGACGGGAAAGAGUGAAGGGACUUGGACAGAGAGGGUUUCUCCUACAGUUUGAUGCUAAGUCUUCUACCAAAACAUAUUUGGAGGCAGAGGGGGGACCUCCCCAUGAGCCCUACCAAUGCGUUUCGAACGUGUAAAUGCUGGGAGGCCCGUUCACACGCUGAUACAAAAGACCUGCCGCUUCUAGUAAGCAAUCUGGAAAAUCCCACAUGCAAUCGGGAGCUUCGGGCGCUGGUUAGACACAGUGAGCCCUUUUGAGGCAAGCACCACCUUUGCUUGGGAGGCCCAGAGGGGCCCAUGAGAAUUUGUUCCAGAACCAGUCUGAUGCAAGUGCACCUCUAAUUUAUGCCUUACAAACUCCAGAGGCCAUAUUCAAAACAGGGUCUUCUCAGUGUAUGCAAGGGGCUGCAGCCCCUCUCCUAUUCCUCCCCAGGUCGAACAAUACGGACAGUUUUCACACAUAUCUACCUGUAUAACCCUCUGUACCUCUCAUAACUGGUCAACGACUGUAACAGGUUACAUCAGGUGUUUUUCUACAUACUUUUUACACAGAUUCUAUGCGAUUAAUGUAACUUAAUUCAAUGCAUCAUUUUAUUGUACUAGUUCUUAGGCUUGUCUUUUUAUUUUCUAAGUGAUUGUGGUUUUUCUUGUGGUUUUUCUUGUAAAAAUGAAAUGGCUGUUGAUGCUUAUUCUCUGUAACUAAGAAUUUUUACCUUUUUGGGGGAAAAAGUAUUGCUAUGAACUAAUGAAUUGAAAUUUCAUUUACUCAUUGUAAAUACACUAUUGUGCAAAAAAAAAAAUUCACUCAAUUGAAUUGCUAGCGUUAACUGAAUUUUGUCUAGACACCAUUUCUUUUGAUGAAAUAAAGACAUAUCAUUACGCGUUGUAAACUGA